AUGCCUCUCUACUCUGAAAAUUCCACCGGCUCCAAAGGAGAAGAUCCCACCGAGCUGAACACAAUGGGCACUCUGUCCGAGUCCUUCGAUUUCGGAUAUGAGAUCGCCGCGGACGCGCAACGAGCCGUGGACGACGUUCUACCCCCAGACCCCUUCAGUCUCUACGGCGGCAACCAGUGGCCCAGCGAUGAACUUGUCCCUGGGUUCCGAGAAACGUACCUCCAGUACUUUUCGCAGGUGCUGGACUUGGGACGGCGGAUGAUGCGGAUCUUUGCGCUGGCGUUGGAUCUGGAGGAGGGAUUUUUCGACGACAAGACGAAGUAUCCGGGCGCUACUAUGAGGAUGAUGCAUUAUCCGCCGCAACCGGUGGAGGGAGGAAUCGCCGAAGGGCUUGGGGCUCAUACGGUAAUCUCAUUUUUCGUUUCUCUUACUCGUUGA